CACUCUUUUUUGAACAUGCUUAGACCUAUAAAGCAUAAGGGCGCGCUAAUUAACUGCGGCUAAACUUUGUAAUGAACUUGCUUCUAGAGAAAAUGUGACGUUGUUUCGGAAGGAUUCAUUUGCUCAGAUAGUUGCAGCAUCGUUGGAUUGGCCGACUACAGCUCAGUGGGCAUUCUGGCAUUUGGUGCAUGCCGAAGGAAUACCAGGCGAGUGGUUGAUUCAGCUUCUUCCAAAGCUGAAGUCGUCACAGCAUGCUGAGGCUGCAGCUAAUGUGCUUUUGAUGCUGAAGCGAGCAGACCGUGAUCCUAAUAUGAAUAUGUUACGAGCGCUGUUCUCGCGAGCACCGUCAACUGACGAUACAUUCACCGUUGAUUGCAUUAAGAUUCUCAUCGAAGACCCAUCUACCUGCAAGCGAGUAUCCGAUAAUAUCGGAAACUUGCUGAAGAAACAAAUGGCUGCUGGGGAUCUGCACAUGGGUGGAAGCACCAAAGGUUCAUCUAAAAAGAGUCCGCAGAAAUUAUCAAUGGAGCAGGUGUUGGCACAUCUGGAGCAGUUUACUCAGUUAUGCCUUAUGAAAGAAACGAAGUCGGCUGAACAAGUUUUCUCCAACGCUACAGUGCUGGAGGCAUUUAGCGAAGCCGAGAAGUUGGUGGCAUCCUUCUUUUUCCACUGUUUAAACAUUUUUCAAAGAUUUACCCUUAUUUUUGAUAUUUUAUCUUGA